AUGUGCGAGACCAAUUUAGACGAUUCUAUCUGCACCAAUGAAUUUAUAGACGACAGGUACACCGUUUUUCGCAAAGAUCGAGAUCUCGACCGUACAUCCAAACAAUCUGGCGGGGGGGUAUUGAUUGCUAUAAAAAAGAACAUACCUGUCAUUAGGCGCAUUAAUUGUGAAUCUGGUCUGGAGGACAUUUGGAUUUCUAUAACUGAUGGCCGUGGUAUGCCAUUAAAUGUUGGACUAGUUUAUUUACCUCCUGAUAGUUCUGUUUCUGAUUACCAAACAUUACUAGAUAAAUGCUCAGACAAUAUAUUAAAUGUCUUUGAAAAUGAGGCUCAAACAAUAUUGUUGGGUGAUUUUAAUAUACCCUUACUCAAUUGGACCUUGGAUCCAACAUUUCCUAUGUCAAAACGUCUUCAACAUAGCAAUCCCUAUGAUGCAAAGUCAUCCCUUUUAGUUGAUUUCCUCAACUUAUGCAACAUGUAUCAAUAUAAUCAUGUACGCAACUCUAAUGAUAGGUUCUUAGAUUUGGUCAUAUCAGAUGUUACUACUCUAUCCUUAUCAGAAUGCUGUCCUUUGUCAACUCCUGAUCGACAUCAUCCAGCAAUAGAUAUCGAAGUUGCGUUACAUCUCAAUAAAAAUAAUAUUAAAGCAAAGAAGGAAGCUGUUCCUAAUUUCCGUAAAUGCGACUAUGAUAAGUGCUCUCUUAGCUUGUUGGAUGUGAAUUGGAGCGACCUCCUUAGCAAUAAUGAUGUUAAUGUAGAUGUGCAAUGCUUCUACGAAAUUUUGAAUAAAAUAAUAAAAGAAAACACUCCCAUGAAACGUGUUAGCGACCAAGUUUAUCCUGUCUGGUAUUCUCAGCCGGUUAAAGCAUGUAUUGAGGAGAAGAAUAAAGUUCACAAAAUAUUUAAAAAAUACAAAAACCCUAGGGACUAUGACGAGUUUCAGCUACUAAGAACUAGAUCAAAACAACUAAUUAAAUCAUGCCACAGUAAUUUCAUAAGUGGAGUCGAGGACUCACUUUUAAAUGGUGGUGCUGCUGUCUCUGAACUUUUUUGUGAAUAUUUCUCGUCAGUCUUCACAAGCCCGGACGGUAUAUCUUCUUCUGACUUCAACGCUACGCAUAAUUGCUCUUACUCGUUGUCCCAAGUUCACCUAUCUCGCGAAGAUCUUCGGAAGAAAAUAACGAAACUUGAUGUCAACAAAGGAGCUGGACCUGACGGUGUCCCACCAUGCUUCAUCAAAUAUUGCGCUGACGCUUUGCUGACUCCCUUGCACAUAAUAUUUAGUAAAUCAAUUACUUCUGGGAUAUUUCCAAACACAUGGAAAAGAGCUCAUGUAGUACCCAUUUACAAGUCUGGUGAUCCGACUAGCUGUUCUAAUUAUAGACCCAUUAGUAUUUUAUCUGCGUUUGCCAAAUUAAUGGAAUCUUUAAUUUAUGAUCAUAUUUAUUCUCAAGUUGGACCACAUAUUGAGCAAGCUCAACAUGGAUUUCUUAGAGGCAAGUCGACGGUCAGUAAUCUAAUGGAGUAUACCAAUUUCAUCUGCAGGGUUUUUAAUGAACAUGGUCAGGUCGAUUCUGUUUAUACUGAUUUCCAAAAGGCUUUUGACAAGGUCGAUCACAUCACUCUUCUGAGCAAACUACAGGCCCUAGGAAUUCACGGAAGUCUUUAUAGAUGGAUAUGUUCAUACAUGGAGCAUCGCAGCCAGUUGGUGGUUCUCAAGGGAUUUUGCUCGGAGCCAAUAAUCAUCCCAUCAGGCGUACCUCAGGGCUCGCACCUGGGAUCCUUAUUUUUCAUAAUUUACAUAAAUGACCUGAUACCCCGCUUGCGCUGUAGCUCACUAUUAUUUGCCGAUGAUCUUAAAAUUUUUACUUCCAUAAACUCGGUAAAUUAUUGUAUCGCAAUUCAAAGGGAUAUUAACGAACUGGUCGCUUGGUGCGCUGACAACAAAAUGAGCCUUGGCAUCGGUAAGUGUUCUGUGAUAACAUUCACUCGCAAAAAGAAACCAAUUACUUUUGAGUAUAGCAUAGGCGGCGAAACUCUGGCUAGAAAAUCUGAAGUUAAGGAUCUCGGGGUGGUCUUUGAUAGUAAUCUUAGUUUUAAUGGGCACUACGCUAUGAUUACCAAGAAAUGUAACAAACUCUUGGGUUUUAUACUCCGUGUCUCUCGUGAUUUUAAACGCACUGAUAGUUUGAUCCAUCUCUUCCGCGCCUUGGUAUUGAGUCGACUGGAAUAUGCCUCCAUUAUUUGGAGUCCACAAUACGCGGUCUCUAUUGAUUUAAUUGAAUCCAUUCAAAGACGUUUCCUUCGCGUACUUUCAGCGCGCCGGGGCCUCAAGCGACAGCUUAGUAGCUAUGACCAGCGUCUUAGUUUUUUCAAACUCAAUAGCCUUGAGAUAAGACGCUCUGUCCAGGACUUCAUAUAUCUUUAUAAAAUUAUUCAAGGUCACUUGUCUACCACAUUAUUAUCAAGCAUAAAUCUCAGAGUCCCGACUAGAUCAGUUCGCAUCAUUGUCCCCUUCGCCAUACCCUCGUGUAAUAAUAAAGUUUCGUCUCACAAUCCGAUUCUCAGAAUCUGCCGAAUAUACAAUCUUUUACAUGUCAAAUAUAACGCUGAGCAGCAAUCUGUAGGGAUGCCGAUCUAUUACGCAGACUCCGGCCAGAUCCCUGCUCCAGUCGGCUACGGGAGUGGGGACGCACUGGACGCGCCUGUGUUGCUCCCAACGUUCCUCAACUGUAUCGAAGUCACGUCGGCCACUCAGUGUUCAAAAGUUUCCAAGUUGAUCUCCGCAGUUGCCGGAUAG